CAGUGUUAUGCAUUGGAAGUUAACUUGACAGAUUCAGGAAAAGCUACUUGCCUUUAUGCAAAAUGGCAGAUGAAAUUCCAAAUACGUUAUGAAACUACAAGCAACAUUUAUAAAAAUGUAACCAUUUCAGACCUUGGAACUCCAACAUAUAAUGGAAGCAUUUGUGGUGAUGACCAGAAUGGUUCCAGAAUAGUGGUACAGUUUGGAUCUGGAUUUUCCUGGAGUGUGAAUUUUACAAAGGAGACAAAUCCAUAUUCAAUUGAGAGCAUCUCAUUCUCCUACAACAUUAGUGAUAACACAACAUUUCCUGAAGCUAAAGAUAAAGGAAUUAUUACUGUUUCUGACGCUGUGGCAAUUGAAAUUCCAUUGAAUAACAUCUUUAGAUGUAAUAGCUUAUCAACUAUAGACAGUAAUUAUGUUGUUCAGCAAUACUGGGAUAUUCUUGUGCAAGCUUUUGUCCAAAAUGGUACAGUAAGCACAAAAGAGUUUCUGUGUGAUAAAGAUAAAACUUCAACAACAGUGGCACCCAUCAUUCACACCACUGUGCCAUCUCCUACUGUAAAACCCACUCCAAAGGGAAAACCAGAGGUUGGAACCUAUUCGGUUAAAAAUGAUAAUGGUACUUGUCUUCUGGCUACCAUGGGGUUGCAGCUAAACAUCACUCAAGAUAAGGCUGUUUCAGUUCUUAACAUCAACCCCAAUACAACUGACUUUACUGGUAGCUGCCAUCCUCAAACUGCUCUCCUAAGGUUGAAUAGCAGCAACAUCAACUAUCUUGACUUUGUCUUUGCUGUGAAAAAUGAAAAUCGAUUCUAUCUGAAGGAAGUGAAUGUCAGCAUGAAUUUGGGAAAUGGCUCUGUUUUCAGUUUUGUAAACAACAAUCUUAGUUACUGGGAUGCCCCUCUGGGAAGUUCUUAUAUGUGCAACAAAGAGCAGACCGUGUCAGUGUCUGGAGCAUUUCAGAUCAAUACCUUUGAUCUAAGGGUUCAGCCUUUCAGUGUGAUGGAAGGAAACUAUUCCACAGCCCAGGAGUGUUCGCUGGAUGAUGACACCAUUCUAAUACCAAUUAUAGUUGGUGCGGGUCUUUCAGGCUUGAUAAUCGUUAUAGUGAUUGCUUACCUAAUUGGCAGAAGAAAAAGUUAUGCUGGAUAUCAGACCCUGUAA